AUGCCUGCCAACGCCUAUAACCGUGCCACCCAAGUUGGCCCACCUGCACCCAUUGUGAUUGAGAAGCUGAUGCCCUGGGUGGAGAAGCGGGAUGACCUGGAUAGCACCGGCAGCUCUCUGUGUUUCUCUGCUCUGUCUGAGGAGCGUCUGCUGGCUGCAGUCAGGCUGGCCAAGAGAGAUCUGAGGAAGAGACGACAGGAGUCAUUGAACAGCUCCCCCAUCAGACCACAGCCAGAGGAGACCACACCCAUCAAGAGCAAUGUGGAGCAGGUAAAUAAGAGCCAGCGAAAGCAGGCUCAUCAAUAUACUCCCCUUUCACUUGUACUGUUUAUAUCCAUCUUAUUCUGCUCCAAGAACGAUGAAUCAAUGAUCAACCUUUAUAAUUUUUCAAUUGCAAGCAGAAGAGGGUUGUUCCUAAGGGGAGGUCAAAAACGGCCGGCCCCAAAGAAGAAGUGACUCGGUCUGGAGCCGAGGUGCUUGUAUACACCCCCCAGAAGUACAUCUCCGUACCCCCUGGGCCUGAUCAUGGCCUGUCCCCCCCAACCAGAGACCCAGGCCCAAGGCAGACAGCCAGCCAGGAGCCCCAGAGAGCCCUCAGCCAGGAGGUCUGCAGGCUACAGAGAGAGCUGGCCAACUACAUCCAGAGAAUAGAUCAGCUGGCUAACAGAGGUAACUCCACAUAAAUAAAGUCACCCAUGAGUUUACCAGUCAAAUCGCCAUGGUCAGAGGUUCUAGGCCUGUUCUAGUGAUUAUAUUUCUAUGGGGAACAUAGCUGGAGUGGCACCUUGUUGGCAUACAUGCUGCUAAUGUUUGAAUCUAUUUAAUAUGCUGUUGAAUCAAAUUACAUUUUAUUUGUCACAUACACGUGUUUAGCAGAUGUUAUUGCGGGUGUAGCGAAAUGCUUGUGCUUCUAGUUCUGACAGUGCAGUAAUAUCUAACGAGUAAUAUCUAACAAUUUCGCAACAUAUACCCAAUACACACAAAUCUAAGUAAGGAAUGGAAUUAAGAAUAUAUACAUAUAUGGAUGAGCAAUGACAGAGUGGCAUGGACUAAGAUACAGUAGAAUAUUAUAGAAUACAGUAUAUACGGUACAUAUGAGAUGAGUAAUGCAAGAUAUGUAAACAAUAUUAAAGUGACUAGUGUUCCAUUUCUUAAAGCGGCCAGUGAUUUCUAGUCUACAGUGGGGAAAAAAAGUAUUUAGUCAGCCACCAAUUGUGCAAGUUCUCCCACUUAAAAAGAUGAGAGAGGCCUGUAAUUUUCAUCAUAGCUACACGUCAACUAUGAAAGACAAAUUGAGGAAAAAAAAUCCAGAAAAUCACAUUGUAGGAUUUUUAAUGAAUUUAUUUGCAAAUUAUGGUGGAAAAUAAGUAUUUGGUCACCUACAAACAAGCAAGAUUUCUGGCUCUCACAGACCUGUAACUUCUUCUUUAAGAGGCUCCUCUGUCCUCCACUCGUUACCUGUAUUAAUGGCACCUGUUUGAACUUGUUAUCAGUAUAAAAGACACCUGUCCACAACCUCAAACAGUCACACUCCAAACUCCAUUAUGGCCAAGACCAAAGAGCUGUCAAAGGACACCAGAAACAAAAUUGUAGACCUGCACCAGGCUGGGAAGACUGAAUCUGCAAUAGGUAAGCAGCUUGGUUUGAAGAAAUCAACUGUGGGAGCAAUUAUUAGGAAAUGGAAGACAUACAAGACCACUGAUAAUCUCCCUCGAUCUGGGGCUCCACGCAAGAUCUCACCCCGUGGGGUCAAAAUGAUCACAAGAACGGUGAGCAAAAAUCCCAGAACCACAUGGGGGGACCUAGUGAAUGACCUGCAGAGAGCUGGGACCAAAGUAACAAAGCCUACCAUCAGUAACACACUACGCCGCCAGGGACUCAAAUCUUGCAGUGCCAGGCGUGUCCCCCUGCUUAAACCAGUACAUGUCCAGGCCCGUCUGAAGUUUGCUAGAGUGCAUUUGGAUGAUCCAGAAGAGGAUUGGGAGAAUGUCAUAUGGUCAGAUGAAACCAAAAUAUAACUUUUUGGUAAAAACUCAACUCGUCGUGUUUGGAGGACAAAGAAUGCUGAGAACACCAUACCUACUGUGAAGCAUGGGGGUGGAAACAUCAUGCUUUGGGGCUGUUUUUCUGCAAAGGGACCAGGACGACUGAUCCGUGUAAAGGAAAGAAUGAAUGGGGCCAUGUAUCGUGAGAUUUUGAGUGAAAACCUCCAUCCAUCAGCAAGGGCAUUGAAGAUGAAACGUGGCUGGGUCUUUCAGCAUGACAAUGAUCCCAAACACACCGCCCGGGCAACGAAGGAGUGGCUUCGUAAGAAGCAUUUCAAGGUCCUGGAGUGGCCUAGCCAGUCUCCAGAUCUCAACCCAAUAGAAAAUCUUUGGAGGGAGUUGAAAGUCCGUGUUGCCCAGCGACAGCCCCAAAACAUCACUGCUCUAGAGGAGAUCUGCAUGGAGGAAUGGGCCAAAAUACCAGCAACAGUGUGUGAAAACCUUGUGAAGACUUACAGAAAACGUUUGACCUGUGUCAUUGCCAACAAAGGGUAUAUAACAAAGUAUUGAGAAACUUUUGUUAUUGACCAAAUACUUAUUUUCCACCAUAAUUUGCAAAUAAAUUCAUUAAAACAAUGUGGUUUUCUGGAUUUUUUUCCCUCAUUUUGUCUGUCAUAGUUGACGUGAUGAUGAAAAUUACAGGCCUCUCAUCUUUUUAAGUGGGAGAACUUGCACAAUUGGUGGCUGACUAAAUACUUUUUUCCCCCACUGUAUGUCUAUAGGCAGCAGCCUCUAAUGUGCUAGUGAUGGCUAUUUAACAGUCUGAUGGCCUUGAGAUAGAAGCUGUUUUUCAGUCUCUCAGUCCCAGCUUUGAUGCACCUGUACUGACCUCGCCUUCUGGAUGUUAGUGGGGUAAACAGGCAGUGGCUCGGGUGGUUGAUGUCCUUGAUGAUAUUUUUGGCCUACCUGUGACAUCGGGUGCUGUAGGUGUCCUGGAGGGCGGGUAGUUUGCCCCCGGUAAUGGAUUGGGCAGACCGCACCACCCUCUGGAGAGCCCUGCGGUUGCGGGCGGUGCAGUUGCCGUACCAGGCGGUGAUAUAGCCCGACAGGAUGCUCUCAAUUGUGCAUCUGUAAAAGUUUGUGAGGGUUUUAGGUGCGGGUUUGUGAGGGUUUUAAGUACCAAAUAUUUUGAAUGGUAUUUAGCGUAUGGGACACUGCAUGCAGUUUAGAGACCCAUGGUCAUGUGUAUUGUGCUGUGCAUUCUAGGGCGAAUGGUUGCAGAGCCCUUGGAGCCUGAUGAGCAGCGCAGGGUGGAUGUCCGCAGACAGGAACAGGCAGCCCGCUCUGCACGCAUCAUCUAUGUGCUGCAACAACAGGUGAAAGAAAUCCAAGAGGAUUUGGACAAACUACGCUCACAGAAGAUUCAGCACACAAAGAAAGUAAGUCUCACUUAAUAACCAAUGCUGUCGUACUCUGAGGUUCAUGAUGAGGACAAUGACAAAGACUAACAUCUAUCUCCCUCGCUCUUUGUUUGUCAGUCCAGAGCGAUUGACAGGUUGGCUGCUGCCCACAGAGGGGCGGUUAGGGCCAUGCAGGUGUUCACUAAUCAGCUGUCUGACACGUCUGAGGGGAGGUUGCCCUCCCAUUAUAAAGAGCUGGGCCAGCUGAUCCGCCAGCUUUCUCUGUGCUCGGCCAAAGUGGAGGUGGGCCAGGGAUCAGCCAUCCCAGAGACUGCCCUGGACAUCCUGCAGAAACUAGAGGUCAGUCAGAGGCUGAGUCCCAAAUAGCACCUUAUUCUCUUUAUAGUGCAGUACUUUUGACCAGGGGCAGGGGCCAUAGGUCUCUGGUCCAAAGUAAUGCACUAUAUAGGAAAUUGAAAGCCAUUUGCGAUGCAUCCAUAGAUUUAAUCCAUCACCUACAGGUCACUCUCACCUUAUUAAACAGAAGAUGGGCACCAGAACAUUUGGUCAUUUUUUAUAAGUAAUCAAACUUUGUAAAUCUAUAUUAGGUUAUACAAGCAAUACCCCAUUUAAAAACCUAAGCUAUUAAAUCUAAAGAAACUGGAAAUAAAUGUGCUGGAGAGCCACAAAACCAUAGGUAGAGCUGAUGUGUUAUACAGUACAUUUAAUUUAGAUUUUAUUUGGCUUCUUUCAUUUGAAUGUAUUUGAUUUUCCUGUCUCUCUCUGUGUCUCUCAGACCCUGGAUACUGCUCUCAGCAAGCAGGAGAGUCCAGCACAGAGGAGGCAGGCCCGAGCACGCAGCUUCUCCCCUGCACGCCACCGCAGGUCUCCACAUCGCAGCACGUCUCCUCCCCGUCCCCGUGCACCCAGGGGCCCUGCCACCAGGGGUAUCAGAGGACAUCGUAGAGCAGCAGGCCCCAAGAAGUCCUUCCCUGGUGAGCAACGAGCAGGUGUUCUCAUUCUGUGACUCAGCAUUCAGAGACACUCAUUAUCACAGUCAGCUGUGCUGCUGAAGCUAUUUGAUUAGCAUUUUAAUAAGGAUAGCCUAAUUAUCUUUUUUUUUAUUGGCUCAUUAUUCCAUAUCCUCAUAACAUCAAAAACGAAUGUAAAUGAAUUUCAUACAUCAUAAAACCGGGAACAACCAACACAGCAAAUGCGUCAGACAAAUCAGUAUCCCCCUCCUACGGUUGAAACCACACGCACACUGACACAGCUGUUGAUAAAAUAUCUGAUCCAAAAAUAGAACAUUUGUGGUGGGCGUAACAUUUCCUGAAACUGCAUUUUUUUAUUUGAGCAUCUCAUGUCUUUGUUAUUUACCCUGUUCUUUCAUUGUGAACGAGGGAGCAGAUCCUUACGGCUCCCACGGCUCAGGAAAUCACCUGAAGGCUUAAGUGCUGUGUGUGUUUGGGCCUCCCACCGAGCCUGAAUCACGGCACCAGGGUGGAGAUUAAUGAGAGGCUGGCUAGCUGCAAAGAGGGGAAAGAGGGCCGGGGUCCGGUUCUCUGGCCAUGGGUCUCCUGCAGGCAGCUCAUUGUGUGGGUGGCUAGCACCUACUGUGUACAGUCUCCCUGUGGGAGAGAUGGUCCAGCCACCACACACCACGAGAGGGUUUGAACUGCAUGUCACGCUCAGGUCUCCUUGGCAACUAAUAACAGUUCCCAAUGUCAAUGAACAAGCCCCCAACCUUCUCCACACUGCCAAACAAGCAGCAGGCAGGUGUCUGUUUGUGUGCUAGUUGGCCAGAUAAGUGUGUAGUCUCUCAAAGGAGCAUGCAGGUGUUAUCCCUAAGGGCCAUACAGGCUUUACUCGUGUUUGAUUAGUCAUGCCAAGCACUGUAACACUUAUCUGUAAGGGCCUAUAGAAAUUAUUGAGCACAUAGCCUAGCUGUUCAAGUAUUUCAAAACAUUUAAUUUUUUGUUUGUUAUCAUGAGCCAAUGUUGUGAUGUUAGCAGAUAGGAGAGCGGUCCAUCAGCAUCAGCAGCCCCCCAGAGCCACAGAGCCUCCUCCACAGCUGGAUCGCAGCCAGGUGCUCAGGGCUGGCCUGGAGAGCCUGGUCCAUCUCAGAGAACUCAGGGAAGGAGGGGGACAGGUCCCCAACAGUCAAGGAGGAGCACUGCACCCAGAUAGGACAAAGGUCAGUGAGUUUAAUACUUACAUUUUCGACGCAAUUAAAUGUAUUUUAAUAUGUCCAUUAAUAACUGUCUAGCCUGAACUAUUUUCACUACAAUUGUGUCUCUUAAAUAUUAUCUUUGUCCAGAAGCAGGGAGCCCAUGUGAGGGAUGCAGGUUUCCAGCAGCCCACAGUGGCUUCCAGGCUGAGAGUGUGUCAGCACCCACAGAAGGAGGCCUCUGUGCCCUGGAUACCAACGUCACCUCACUCUCCUCCUAAACAACAACAGCGGUGAGCUCAGAAGAGAGCACUCUCUCUUGUCCUCCGUCUCUCUUUUGUAACUUACUCUUGCUGCGUACUCUCUCUCCCUCGCUUACAUUCUCGCUCUCUUUUAAUUGUAAUUUUUUCUAAUCCACUUCCACUUGUGUUACGUGUCCAGCUCCCCUCAGAAGAGGCCAGAGCCUCGAUGUCUGUUCUCCCCUCUGAAGCCCUCCUCAGGCCCCUCAGAGCAGCAGCUGAGUGGUGUGGUGACAGCAGAGCAGGACCAGGGUCUGACCUCUGAUAGACAGAGACAAGUCCACAACGAAGCCCUCAGGUCAGUGAUAAUAACAAUAAUACAUUUGUGUUUCAUUUAACACAGAAAACAUAAACCAUUGGACAUGGCAAACAACCUUGUGUCUUAUUAGCAUCAUAGCACCUUAUUAGUCUCACUUAUUUGAGGUUUUAGUUGAUGUAUAAUACACUACAUGACCAAAGGUAUGUGGACACCUGCUCGUCCAAUGUCUCAUUCCAAAAUCAUGGGCAUUAAUAUAGAGUUGGUCCCCCCUUUGCUGCUAUAACAGCCUCCACUCUUCUGGGAAGGCUUUCCACUAGAUGUUGGAACAUUGCUGCGGGGACUUUCUUCCAUUCAGCCACGAGCAUUAGUGAUGUUGGGCAAUUAGGCCUGGCUCGCAGUCAGCUUUCCAAUUCAUCCCAAAGGUGUUUGAUGGGGUUGAGGUCAGGGCUCUGUGCAGGCCAGUCAAGUUCUUCCACACCGAUCUCGACAAACCAUUUCUGUAUGGACCUCACUUUGUGCACAUGGGCAUUGUCAUGCUGAAACAGGAAAGGGCCUUCCCCAAACUGUUGCCACAAAGUUGGAAGCACAGAAUUGUCUAGAAUGUCAUUGUAUGCUGUAGCAUUAAGAUUUCCCUUCAUGAAAAACAGCCCCAGACCAUCAUUCCUUCUCCUCCAAACUUUACAGUUGGCACUAUGCAUUUGGGCAGGUAGAUGCCAGGAGAACGCUGCCAAACCCAGAUUAGUCCGUCGGACUGCCAGAUGGUGAAGCGUGAUUCAUCACUCCAGAGAACGCGUUUCCACUGCUCCAGAGUCCAAUGGCAGCGAGCUUUACAACACUCCAGACGACGCUUGGCAUUGCGCAUGGUGAUCUUAGGCUUGUGUGCGGUUGCUCGGCCAUGGAAACCCAUUUCAUUAAGCUCCUGGCGAACAGUUAUUGUGCUGACGUUGCUUCCAGAGGCAGUUUGGAACUCGGUAGUGAGUGUUGCAUCCGAGGACCUGCUAGUUUUACGCGCUACGCACUUCAGCACUCGGCGGUCCCGUUCUGUGAGCUUGUGUGGCCUACCACUUCGCGUUGUUGCUCCUAGACGUUUCCACUUCACAAUAACAGCACUUACAGUUGACCGGGGCAGCUCUAGCAGGGCAGACAUAUGACGAACUGACUAUGAUGGUGCCACGUUGAAAGUCACUGAGCUCUUCAGUAAGGCCAUUCUACUGCCAAUGAUUGUCUAUGGAGAUUGCAUGGCUGUGUGCUCGAUUUUAUACACCUGUCAGCAACAGGUGUGGCUGAAGUGGCCGAAUCCACUAAUUGUAUACAUAGUGUUUAUGUGUUAUAGCUGUGUGGACUGGCAGAAUGAAUUAACCAAGGGAAACUGCCCAGGGAACAGUUAAAUUAAUGGAUCUGCUCAUUUUGCUUAAUUAAGUCAUUUAAAACCCUGAUCUCAGACCCCACUUGCUGAAAGCUGCAAGCAAUACUCUGAUUCCAAUUCAAAGUUAACCUCUUCAAUAAAUUAAAUCUAGGUGCUUGCUUGUUAUAUUGGGGACAUUAUUCUUUUUUUAAAGCACCGUUAUCGAUAGCAGUGCCUGCCUGCCCUAAAUUCAAGUGCACAGCAACCCUCUACACUAAUCAAAACAUAAUUAGUGCAAUUGAGGUCUAUAAUUAAUCAAAUGCCUGCAGCCUGCUUUCGGUAGCUAACAUUAGGACUGGUUUAUGUGGACCUCUAAUUGAAACGGUUCUGUCUGUGUUGUACGGUGUGGUCUAUGUGAAUGCACAGGCAAGCCUGGCUUGACAGGAUGACCAUGCAGAGACUGAGGGACCUAAAUCAGCUGAGUAAAGAUGAAGCAGAACGCAUCCAGAGACUCCGGUACACUAGUGUAGUACUAUGUCCUCUACACACUCCCUAUCAUAGCCUAGGAACAAAUAUACUGUUAGUCUACCCUGUCAAGCUAAAAGUGGGAGGUCCAAAUAUGUUGUAGUUGUGUCAAGGUACUAGUUCCUCAGUGUGAAACUAUGGCCACUUAACAUCUCCCUGAACCCCUCCAGGUUUGUGACAAGUAUGAGUCUGGAAAUCAAUGGACAAACACAAUAUUACCAAGCCAGAGGGGAAUAACUGAGUGAAAAGACAGGAUUCAAAGCCUCUAUAUUGUCACACCAGACUUACGCAUGUGUGUGUGUCAGGUCUGAGGUGGGCUCUCCAACCCAGUGGGCUGAGAGAGCUGAGCAGGAGGCCCGAGGGAGACUACAGCCUCUGUUGGACCAGGCCCUGGUAAGACAGUCAUUUAAACUCUCCUCUCAAAAAAUAAAGGGUUGUAUGCACACAAAAAAUAGACAACCUUUUUAGUUUUGUCUUGCUUUUCAGCAGGCAGGGAAAUAAAUAACUGAGUGUGUAACUUUGCUGUCACUCAAUACCCACAUUGUUGUUACAUCAGAAAAGCCUGGACCAAGGAAAGCUUUCCCCUCACUCAGGAAUUCCACUUACCUCAGAGUAGUGGGAAAAUCAAUACAUCUAAUUUGUAAUUGAAAAAUCCAUACAGCUAUUUACCACCAGAUUUGUGCCACCAUAGUGAAAUGAAUAGGGAAUUUACAGCUAAGCCUAGGGUGUACUGCUGCAGCCUUGUGUGUGUGCUGAGUGAAAAGACUGAGUUAGAGUAGGAGAGGUUGGUGUUAGGUGGGAGAAGGUCAAUAGUGGUGUGGUACUGAGCUUGCCCUACUUGUUUACUCCAGCAGAUGGGAGCUGCUGCCUCUCAGGCCCGGGACAGAAAGGCCACAUCGUCACUGAGGCAUCGGCUGUCUGAGCAGGCUGCAGACAGAGUGAGUAGCCCUGUCAUAUCGUAAUGAUACUGACCUAUAUUACACAGUGUUUAUAUAUAUAUAUAUAUAUAUAUAUAUAUAUAUAUAUAUAUAUAUAUAUAUAUAUAUAUACAUAUAUAUAUAUAUAUACAUAUACAGUGAGGGAAAAAAGUAUUUGAUCCCCUGAUUUUGUACGUUUGCCCAAUGACAAAGAAAUGAUCAGUCUAUAAUUUUAAUGGUAGGUUUAUUUGAACAGUGAGAGACAGAAUAACAACCAAAAAAUCCAGAAAAACGCAUGUCAAAAAUGUUAUAAAUUGAUUUGCAUUUUAAUGAGGGAAAUAAGUAUUUGACCCCUCUGCAAAACAUGACUUAGUACUUGGUGGCAAAACCCUUGUUAGCAAUCACAGAGGUCAGACGUUUCUUGUAGUUGGCCACCAGGUUUGCACACAUCUCAGGAGGGAUUUUGUUCCACUCCUCUUUGCAGAUCUUCUCCAAGUCAUUAAGGUUUCGAGGCUGACGUUUGGCAACUCGAACAUUCAGCUCCCUCCACAGAAUUUCUAUGGGAUUAAGGUCUGGAGACUGGCUAGGCCACUCCAGGACCUUAAUGUGCUUCUUCUUGAGCCACUCCUUUGUUGCCUUGGCCGUGUGUUUUGGGUCAUUGUCAUGCUGGAAUACCCAUCCACGACCCAUUUUCAAUGCCCUGGCUGAGGGAAGGAGGUUCUCACCCAAGAUUUGACAGUACAUGGCCCCGUCCAUCGUCCCUUUGAUGCGAUGAAGUUGUCCUGUCCCCUUAGCAGAAAAACACCCCCAAAGCAUAAUGUUUCCACCUCCAUGUUUGACGGUGGGGAUGGUGUUCUUGGGGUCAUAGGCAGCAUUCCUUCUCCUCCAAACACGGCGAGUUGAGUUGAUGCCAAAGAGCUCCAUUUUGGUCUCAUCUGACUACAACACUUUCACCCAGUUCUCCUCUGAAUCAUUCAGAUGUUCAUUGGCAAACUUCAGACGGCCCUGUAUAUGUGCUUUCUUGAGCAGGGGGACCUUGCGGGCGCUGCAGGAUUUCAGUCCUUCACGGCAUAGUGUGUUACCAAUUGUUUUCUUGGUGACUAUGGUCCCAGCUGCCUUGAUCAUUGACAAGAUCCUCCCGUGUAGUUCUGGGCUGAUUCCUCACCGUUCUCAUGAUCAUUGCAACUCCACGAGGUGAGAUCUUGCAUGGAGCCCCAGGCUGAGGGAGAUUGACAGUUCUUUUGUGUUUCUUCCAUUUGCGAAUAAUCGCAACAACUGUUGUCACCUUCUCACCAAGCUGCUUGGCGAUGGUCUUGUAGCCCAUUCCAGCCUUGUGUAGGUCUACAAUCUUGUCCCUGACAUCCUUGGAGAGCUCUUUGGUCUUGGCCAUGGUGGAGAGUUUGGAAUCUGAUUGAUUGAUUGCUUCUGUGGACAGGUGUCUUUUAUACAGGUAACAAGCUGAGAUUAGGAGCACUCCCUUUAAGAGUGUGCUCCUAAUCUCAGCUUGUUACAUGUAUAAAAGACACCUGGGAGCCAGAAAUCUUUCUGAUUGAGAGGGGGUCAAAUACUAAUUUCCCUCAUUAAAAUGCAAAUCUAUAACAUUUUUUACAUGUGUUUUUCAGGAUUUUUUUGUUGUUAUUCUGUCUCUCACUGUUCAAAUAAAACUACCAUUAAAAUUAUAGACUGAUCAUUUCUUUGUCAGUGGGCAAACGUACAGGGGAUCAAAUACUUUUUUCCCUCACUGUAUAUAUAUAUAUAUUUUUCAUUAUUUGAGUCCCAAAUGCCCAUAGGGCUUUGGUCAAAAGUAGUGCACUAUAUAGGGAAUAGGGUGCCAUUUCGAGAAACAGCCCUGAAGGGAUUCCAUAAAACCCUUUCCCAUGUGCUGAGCUCUGUGCUAUCUACCUCCCUCUCCAGGCUGCGGAGAGCGCUGAGGUGCUGAGUGAGGCCCUGCUAGAGGAGCUGCUGGCUGAUGCAGCGCAGGCCGCCUGGGCGGCGGAGACAGACAGACGGACGGAGGGUUUGGCCCAGCGCCAGCUCCAGACCCCCACCCUGGAGAGCAUGCUGCUGCGCAUGGAGGAGAUGGAGGUGAGCCCUGAGCACGGCCCUAUGGAAAGGCCACCAAACAAAGGUCACAGGGAGUUUGAAAGGGCACCGCUGGUUAGUUUGUCAUGCAAGGCCUGUGUGAUAUUUGACAGCCUUGGUCAAGCUGUGCUGUGGAGAUACAGUGAAUGCACUGUCCAGUCCCGUCUGGAUUCCUUAUAAGGCUUUGUAUUAUUGUUUGGCUGAAAAAUUAAUAAAAAUAAUAUACUUAUUUUAUCAUCUAUGUGUUUGAGCAGAAAGACCAGGAAGCUGUGAGGAGGCGCUUUGCUACCAUCACAUACUCAGACCCUCACUACUGGGACAGAGGGGACACAACUGGUGAGUAAACAGACCAAGUAACUCCUCCGCACAUUUUUGCAUUGUUGUUCAUCUGGUGCACUGCAGGUGGAGGUAUUGUGUUAGUGCUGUUUUAGCCAGUUGAGAGCAAGGCUAUCCCUCAUUCUAACUCAUUUUCCACCCCUCUUUCUCUCAUCCCCCUCUCCCCCAUCUGUCUCUCAGGGCCCCAGAGGUCUGCUCCAGGCUCCAGGCCAGUCUCUCCUCAGCCCAUUAGGAUCACCAGGCCAGCACUGAGACACACCACCACGGCUGACAUUGUCCUGGAGAGCCCUGUGGAGACCGGGUGAGUUGACAUGUGCGCUUCUGUUUUCUCCCUUUCCCAGGGGAUUUCUGGUGUUGCCAAAGCGCUCUUUUCUGUGA